AAAUUUAAAAAAAAAGGAAAACAAAUCGAACGGCUAUAAAAGUCGGCGAUCACAGAAGGCCCCAAAUCAACCGUCAGUUAUCUAAGGUACGAAAUUUGCUCGACAGUACACACUCUGAAAAACAGUUAAAUGGGCCCCGCACGGACCGUUGGUCAUCCCCUUCUCUCUCUCGCCUCAAGCCUCAUGCAGACUCAAUUACAUCCUCCAUGCCUGAAACUCCCCUGCUCUUCUUCUUCCUCAAACUCUAACCCCAACCCUAAUUUCAGUUUCUCCGAUUGACCUCUCCCCUCCAUCCCCGUUCCCAUCCGACUCCGAUUAACCUGUUUCCAACUUUGUCUUUCGUUUUUCCGCCUUCAAUUUCUUACUUGAUCUUAAAAAAUGCGAUGGAUUCGCAUGAUUUCCCAUCCUGCAUGGUUGUUGUACGCGAUUUAAUUAUGUUCUAUGUUCAAAUCCGUGGAUUUUGAGAGUUGGGUUUGGGGAAAUUGAGUGAGAUUUGAUCGUGGCAACGAUGUCAAAUUUAUAUGGCGAUUUCAACCAAAAGAUUGAUUAUGUAUUCAAAGUUGUGUUGAUUGGUGAUUCGGCGGUGGGGAAAUCUCAGCUCUUGGCGCGUUUUGCGAGGAACGAAUUCAGCCUGGAUUCAAAAGCCACGAUAGGGGUCGAGUUCCAGACGAAAACACUUUCUAUUGAUAACAAGACGGUCAAAGCACAGAUUUGGGACACCGCCGGACAAGAAAGGUGGAAAUCAUUGAAUGUUGUCCCUUUUUACCUAUCCCAAGAACACAUGACCUUCAAGAUAAAUAGGUAUAGGGCAGUUACAAGUGCAUAUUAUCGAGGAGCAGUUGGAGCAAUGUUAGUUUAUGAUAUGACUAAGCGUCAAUCAUUUGAUCAUAUGGCAAAGUGGCUGGAGGAACUUAGAGGGCAUGCUGAUAAAAAUAUUGUUAUCAUGCUCAUUGGCAACAAGUCUGAUUUGGGAAGUCUGAGAGCAGUGCCAACUGAAGAUGCACAAGAGUUUGCCCAAAGAGAAAACCUAUUCUUUAUGGAGACAUCAGCGCUAGAGGCCACUAAUGUUGAAACUGCCUUUUUCACAGUUCUAACUGAGAUAUACCGGAUAAUCAGCAAGAAAACCCUUACUGCAAAUGAUGAGCAUGAUCCCAAUGGAAGUGCAGGACUUCUUAAGGGAACCAGAAUCCUUGUUCCACAGGAACAAGAAUCUGGAAAGAAAACUGGCUGCUGUACUUGAUUUUAACUUGCUGGCCAUUAACUCCUAAGAUUUUGCUUCUUCUUCUUUCUUCAAUAUUUGUUUAUUUAGGGUUUAAAUUUUUUCUUCUUCAAGAAAACAUACAUUUUGUA